UCUGCUAACUACUAGGAGACAGACACACACACUCUCCAACUACUAGAAGAUCAAGAGGGAGCAAGCAGAGGAGAAGAAGAAGAAGAAGGGAAGAAAAAAAGAAACAGAAGAAAUCUUGGAGUUCUUUUUAGUUCUUUAUAUAAAAAAACAAUCACAGACAAAAAAAAUUCAUUCCCCUCAGUCCAGAAAUCAGGCAUUUCUUUUUGGAAAGAAAGAAAGAAAAAAACUAUUCCUCCUGGGACUUGUUAAUUUUUUUCGUUCCCUUUACUUCUCCCCAACUGGAAAUUACAUGCACUGAUCAAUUUUCCUCCAGCACCCAAAAAACAAGGCAUACCUCAUGGAUUUGAAUCUGAUUGGAUAUAUGGUGUGUUUGUGGUUGUCCUGCUCCAUGGUUCUUGGCGGCUAUCCCAUCUGGUGGUCUCUGGCGCUGGGGCAGCAGUACUCGUCGCUGGGCUCCCAGCCCAUCCUCUGCAGCUCCAUCCCCGGCCUGGUGCCCAAGCAGCUGCGCUUCUGCCGCAACUACAUGGAGAUCAUGCCCAGCGUGGCGGAGGGGGUCAAGCUGGGCAUCACCGAGUGCCAGCACCAGUUCAGGGGCCGGCGGUGGAACUGCACCACCAUCAAGAACAACCUGGCCAUCUUCGGACCCGUGCUGGACAAAGCCACGAGGGAGUCGGCGUUCGUCCAUGCGAUUGCGUCGGCCGGAGUGGCGUACGCGGUGACGCGUUCUUGUGCAGAAGGCACGUCCACCAUGUGUGGCUGCGACGCCCACCACAAGGGCCCGCCGGGGGAGGGGUGGAAGUGGGGCGGCUGCAGCGAGGACGCCGAGUUCGGGGUGCUGGUGUCGCGGGAGUUCGCCGACGCCCGAGAAAACCGGCCGGAUGCGCGCUCAGCCAUGAACCGACACAACAACGAAGCUGGACGUUCGACCAUCCUGGAGAACAUGCACCUGCGCUGCAAGUGCCACGGCCUGUCGGGCAGCUGCGAGGUCAAGACGUGCUGGUGGGCGCAGCCCGACUUCCGUCUGCUGGGCGACUACCUGAAGGACAAGUACGACAGCGCCUCGGAGAUGGUGGUGGAGAAGCACCGCGAGUCGCGCGGCUGGGUGGAGACGCUGCGCGCCAAGUACGCCUUCUUCAAGCACCCGACCGAGCGCGACCUGGUCUACUAUGAGGGCUCGCCCAACUUCUGCGAGCCCAACCCGGAGACGGGCUCGUUCGGCACGCGCGACCGCGCCUGCAACGUCUCGUCGCACGGCAUCGAGGGCUGCGACCUGCUGUGCUGCGGCCGCGGCCACAACACGCGGACGGAGAAGCGCAAGGAGAAGUGCCACUGCGUCUUCCACUGGUGCUGCUACGUCAGCUGCCAGGAGUGCACGCGCAUCUACGACGUGCACACGUGCAAAUGA